AUGUUUUCCUCUGCGCUCAAGUCGUUCAGUUCCAAUAUUUCUGCCAAUUACCAAAUCUCACCUAACCCCACCGUCUACUCCGGCCCCUGGAAAAUUCACGAUGCAAAGAAGAAGUCCACUGGAACGGCGGCAUCGGUGUUCAUUUUUGAUCGCAAAUCACUAGAGACGCGCUCUAGCGGGUUUGGGAGGAGUUCUGGGUCAUCCAAGAAGCUCCAAGAUGAUGUGAUCGAGCGACUUAAGCGCGAAGCUAGCAAUCUCGCGCGCCUACGACACCCAUCCGUUCUUCAGGUGCUUGAGCCUGUGGAGGAAACGCGCAGUGGUGGCCUCAUGUUUGCCACGGAACAUCUCACCGCCUCACUCUCCGGGCUGCUGCUAGAAAAAGACGACCAAGAGAAUACCACACGCGCUGGUUCGCGAACGAGCCGCCAUAUGGUUGAGGGGUCCGAUGGGACUCGGAGAAGAAGAGAUGUGGAGAUUGAUGAGUUGGAAAUUCAAAAGGGACUCUUGCAAGUUGCCAAGGGUCUUGAAUUCCUUCACGAGUCUGCGGGCCUAGUGCAUGGAAAUUUAAACCCGGAUGCCAUCUAUAUCAAUGCCAAAUCAGAUUGGAAGAUCUCUGGUCUGGGAUUCGCGGGGCCUCCGGACGCUUCUGAAACUCAUUCAUCGCUUCCGCCAUUGGCUGUGUCUGAGGUUCUCUACCAAGAACCAAGGCUUCCCGCUUCAGUACAAUUGAACCUCGACUACACGUCGCCUGACUUUGCAAUGGACUCCAAUGUAUCGUCAGCUGCCGAUUUGUUCUCUUUGGGCCUUGUCAUCAUCGCUUUGUACAACUCUCCGCAUGUAUCGCCUUUACAAACGCACGGGAACUUGACCACCUAUAAGAAACUGCUGAGCUCUCCAUCUUCCACCCCAUCACAGAGCAAUAAUUUCCUUUGCCCGAAGCCAAUUCCCAAGGACUUACUUUCCCAUGUCCUACCGAGGCUCAUUACCAGAAGGCCUGCUCAACGCAUGAACGCUCGAGAGUUCCAGCAAUCACAGUACUUUGACAAUGUGUUGGUUUCCACUAUCCGGUUCCUGGAAUCCUUGCCGGCAAAGAAUCCUAAUGAGAAGUCUCAAUUCUUGCGUGGUUUACAACGGGUACUACCGGAGUUCCCCGUUUCUGUGUUAGAGAGAAAGCUAUUGGGAGCGUUGAUGGACGAAUUGAAGGAUCGGGAACUUCUUCCACUGAUAUUACAAAACGUGUUUGGGAUUCUUCAGCGGAUUCCCAAUGGACGCCGUGUCUUUCCAGAGAAAAUAAUUCCUCGUCUGAAAGAAGUCUUCGGGGCUGGAUCGGGCAAGGGGGCUACUGAACGAGACUCUAAGAAAGAUGCUGGUCUCAUGGUUGUGUUUGACAACAUGAAGCUGAUCGCUGAUAAUUGUUCAGGGAUGGAGUUUAAAGAUGAUAUUCUACCCCUGAUUCGGCUCGGGCUGGAUUCUCCCACUCACUCCUUAGUGGAUGCUUCCCUUAAGUGCCUUCCUGUGAUGCUCCCAGUUCUUGACUUUAGUACGGUCAAGAACGACGUAUUCCCUCCCAUUGCUGCCACUUUCAGUCGCACUAGUAGCCUUGCUAUCAAAGUUCGCAGUCUGGAAGCUUUCGGAGUCCUCUGUGGGGCCUCUACAGAAGUUUCAGACGGGCUUGAUGAUGAUUUGUCCGGGAUACAGGAGACUAAGGCGAAAACAACUAAGUCCUCGAUCCUAGACAAGUAUACCAUUCAAGAAAAGCUCGUCCCAUCUCUCAAGGCGAUCAAAACGAAAGAACCGUCAGUGAUGAUGGCAUCGUUGAAGGUGUUUCGUCAAGUUGGAACCGUCGCAGACACUGAAUUUCUAGCUUUGGAAGUUCUGCCAGUUCUCUGGAGUUUCAGUCUUGGGCCGCUCUUGAGCCUUAAACAGUUCAAUGCGUUUAUGUCUCUGAUAAAAACUCUUUCAACGAGAAUUGAACAGGAACAAAGCAAAAAGCUGCAAGAGUUAUCAUCUGGCGCUGGACCGACAGGUUUCCAGAGUGGUGCCGACGAGUUUUCGCAGUCUGCCACAGGCCUCAGCUCGCCUGGUGAGGAUGCCGGUGCUGGUAGCUUCGAGCGCCUCGUUCUUGGGAAGAAGGCAUCUCCCACGAAUGGCCAGAGUAUAGAUAUGUGGGGUAGUAUGGAGCCACAGCCAGCCAAGCCAACGGUUCCGAGCAUGCCACCUUCAUUCUCGUGGUCUUCAAAUAAUGCAGGCAUGACAACACCCCAAGCCAGCACUCUCAGCCAGCAGUCGAAUCUUGGCUUCCGUUCCAUUACUCCGGAUCAGAAAUUAGGCUCUUUCCCGUCUCUUGCUCCUGUUCGGCAAGCUUCACCAAGUGCUCAAGCGUUCCCUACAAUGCAGCCUUCAUCCUCUAUCUGGGGAUCUCCGGCCAAUGCCAAUGUUCGAUCCCACACAGGCCCACCAGGUCAGUCUCUUGGGUCCAUGUCGACUAUGACACCCUCAAACCACAUAUCCGCGUCAACGACCCAACCGGCACCCAACUACUCCUCAUUCUCAAUUCCCCCUCCCCCGGCAGGAGGCAUAGGGUCCAACAGCGCUAUUAGACCCCCUCCGAUAAACACCAACAGAUCAACGUCUUUCCAAGGCACAGGUGUGACAACGCAACAGGGAACUCAGAAGAACGGAUUGGACAAGUAUGAGAGUCUGAUAUAA